AAAAUAAGAAAUGGAAGGGGGGAAAAUGACAAAAAAGUCAAAGCAGGGCAGCCCAAGAUGGUGUAAACCUCUGGGAAGUGUUUUCUCCAAAUCUAGGGACGCACAUACAAAUAACUUCCAAUUGCCUUUACUUUUCUGUACCAAUAGCAAUACCAUUCUUGGGAAGGAAGGAAAUUUAUUAUUAUUAUUAUGAUUAUUCGGGUAUAAACACGAGAGGGACUGAAGGAAAUUGAUUGCCUUCUUCAUUUUUUUUUUUUUCCCUUAAAUUUUUUUUUCUUUUAUCAUUGAGGAAAUUGGUUUCUUGUUCGGUUAAUUUUGGCUUUAUAUUUUUUUCAUUUUUUGCUCUACCUGAGACUGUCACACCCACAACCCCACCCCCUCUCUCUCUCUCUCUCUCUCUCUCUCUCGAUUCUGUUCUAUAAAUGUAAGAGCCUAUAACCUUCGGACCCAUAAAUGUGCACAUGAAGCUGACCUCCAAAACGUGGCGAUUUCAUUGAGGCAACUCAGAUAUCCUUUCAUUCGUGCUUCUGGGGAUUGUUGGAGUGGCUGAAACACGUUUUGUUGUGGAAGCAAAUUGAUAAAUUUUCUUCCAGGUCAUAUCUGAGAAUUUUGUUACAAACUAUUUUGACAAUGUCAAUUUUGUCAAAAUUACGUUGCAUUACAGUGGAUGUUACUGGCACAUUGAUAGCUUACAAGGGGGAGCUCGGUGACUACUAUUGUAUGGCUGCCAAAUCUGUUGGGCUGCCAUGCCCUGACUACAAACUGGUGCAUGAGGGCUUCAAACUUGCAUAUAAAGAUAUGGCCCAAAAAUAUCCAUGCUUUGGAUUUGAUGCAAAAAUGCCCAAUAUUGUGUGGUGGAAAACUUGUGUAAGGGACUCCUUUAUAAGGGCUGGAUAUGAUUACGAUGAGGAGACAUUUGAAAAGGUGUUCAAACGCAUAUAUGCUUCUUUUGGUUCAUCUGCUCCGUACACCAUCUUUCCUGACUCUCGGCCAUUUCUAAGAUGGGUGCGUAAACAAGGUCUUAAGGUGGGGCUCGUUAGCAAUGCAGAAUACCGUUACCAGGAUGUAAUUUUACCAGCCUUGGGUUUGAACCAGGGAUCUGAUUGGGACUUCGGUAUAUUCUCUGGUUUGGAAGGUGUAGAGAAACCAAAUCCAAAGAUUUAUGAGAUUGCCCUCGAGAGAGCUGGAAAUGUUGCACCCGAAGAGGUUCUACAUAUUGGGGACAGCAUGCGCAAAGACUACAUUCCGGCAAGGAGUGUGGGGAUGCAUGCAUUGUUGUUGGAUAGGUUUAAGACAUCUGAUGCAGAGGAGUGGAGAAAAUCAGGAGCAACUGUGCUACCUGACUUGGUAGCAGUGCAGGAAUGGCUUACCAAAAACUAGUUAGUUUGCUGACGGGGCGAGGCUGUUCGUACUAGUUUCUCCCCCUUGGAUGAUAGAAAUUUAAAGCCACCAGCUUUUUCAAAUUUAUCACUCUGCAUCUUGUAUGUAGCAUAUUUUCAAACCAUAAGACCACAGUUCACUAAAAUUUGGACACCUUUUUGUUUUUUUCUCACCGGCAAGUAGCUUUCAUUUCGUUAUAUGUUUUCAUGAGGUGGGGAUUUGCUCUUUUUUGAUAUGGCAGUGUCAAUGGGAAAUGGCAGCAACAAUUGUUCAAUCUUAAUGACGUGUAAUUUACCCACCAAAAAGAAUUGUUUUAUUGUAAUUAAUAUAAUGACACAUAAUAAUAGCAUAAUGAAUGUGAUUUCUCAGUUGAUAUAA